AGUAUCCACACACUUAUCUUGAUCGCGAUUGUUUCCAGCAUACUGCAUCUCUCUCUCUCAUUAUCUUAUUCAACAUGUCGUCCGGAGUGAUAGCAGCUCCCGAAUGCCUCGAUAAAUUCGCACAACUGAAGAUGACCAAAUCGCUGAAGUACGUAUUGUUCAAGUUGAACGAUACCCGGACAGAGAUCGUCGUCGACAAGACCUCGGGAAAUCCUAAUUACGAAGAAUUUCUUACCAACUUGCCUGCCGAUGGUUGCAAAUGGGCUGUCUACGACUUCAGCUAUACGUCGGAUGAUGGGUCCCCGAGGAACAAGCUCUGCUUCUUCUCCUGGUCACCGGACAGUGCACCCAUUCGGGCAAAGAUGGUCCACGCAUCCUCGAAGGAUGCGCUGCGGAAGUCGCUAGACGGGAUUGGUGCGGAGAUCCAGGGAACGGAUUUGACGGAGGUUGCAUAUGAAACCGUCCUCGACAAGGUGAAGCGCUUCAGCCGAUAGAGCGCUCUGUACACUUUGGUUUGAUCUAUGAUGUUAGCUGUAAGUGCUCUUCGACUGCACUGAUGCUGUUAGUCUUAUGAUAAUCGCGAAGAUAGUUGUUGUAUAAAGCUGCAAAGGAUUCAUACUACGGUAUGAGCAGACGUAGUAAAGACUUUUCCAGAGUAAAUCGAUGUUAACGGCCAUGGAGUGUCGUUGCGUGGUGAACAGCGUCAAAAGUGAAUACUGCGCCUGGUGGAUGCUGACUGAUAAAAUGCUCCACAACGUGCCUUACACGACUGCGCUUGUUUACUAGUGGAUUCAAGCAU